ACCCUCUGCCUAGGAAGAGAAGAGAAGGACAUCUCCCCAUCUGGGAUCCUUCUUCCUCCCCAGCUGAGCCUGCAGAGGACGGAGGCCUGGCCCAGGCAGGGAGCCUGGAGCCAGAGGGAAUGGCCCCUGGGAGCCGCAGACCCCCAGCCCAGGAGUUGGUGACAUUCAAGGAUGUGGUUGUGGACUUCACCCCAGAGGAAUGGGGCCUCUUGGACCAUUCUCAGAGAAAGCUGUACAAGGAGGUCAUGGUGGAGAAUGCCCGGAACCUGCUCUCCCUGGGACUGCCAGCUCUCAGAGAAGGUUUGAUCUCCCAUUUUGGGCAAGGGGAAGCACCAUGGAUGCUGGAGGGAGAAGACCCCAGAGCUUCUUGUCCAGAUGGGAAGACAAGGCUUGAAAUGCAGGAGACCACUGCCAAGCUGGGCAUUUCGGUGGAAGACUCACGACAGCAGAGAUUCAUGAAUGAUGGUCACUGCAACCUCAAUUUGAGACAAAUCUGUGACUCUGAUAUCAAGACAGAGAAAAAACAAAAGAGUCACUGUGAAUUUGAUAAAGCUGGAAAGCGUUUCAGGCAAUAUUCAGUCCUAAUUCGCUGUAAGAAAAGGACCUCGGGGAAUGGCUGUUCUCAGGAUAGUAAGAGUAGGAAAGGCUUUACUGAACAAGUGGAGCUUGUAAAAUCUCAUGAGAAGCCUCCUGAAGUGCAAACUUAUCAAUGUAAACAACGUGAGAUGGCCUUCAGUUUGAAUUCAGACCUAAUGAGACAUCAGAAAAGUCAUGCUGGAGAAAUGCUUUAUAUAUGUAAUGAGGGUGAUAAGAACUUUGGUUGUAAUCCAAAGCUCAUUGACAACCAGAAAAUUCAAAAUGGAAAAAAAUAUUAUGGAUGUAAUGAAUGUGGUAAAGCCUUCAAGCGACAGUCAUCUCUUGUUCACCAUCAGAAAUUUCAUACUAGUGAAAAGCUACAUAAAUGUAUGCAAUGUGGAAAGGCCUUCAGGCGACAGUCAUCCCUUAUUUCCCAUCAGAGAAUUCACACUAGAGUGAAAUCUCAUGAAUGUCGUGAGGGUGCUAAAGCUUUCAGUGAAAACUCAUCCCUUAUUGUACAUCAAAGAAGCCACACUGGAGAGAAACCUUAUGAAUGUAAUAAGUGUGGAAAGACUUUCAGACAACGCUCUCAUCUUACUCAUCAUCAGAGAAUGCACAAUGUGGAGAAACAUUAUGAAUGUAAUCAAUGUAGAAAGACUUUUAGCUGUAGUUCUAAUCUUACUAAACAUCAAAGAAUCCACACUGGAGAGAAACCUUAUGAAUGUAGUCAAUGUGGAAAGGCUUUCAGAUGCAGUUCUAGUCUUGGUAAACAUCAGAGAAUCCAUACUGGAGAGAAACCUUAUAAAUGUAGUCAAUGUGGAAAGACUUUUGGAAGAAGUUCCAAUCUGUCUGUACAUCAGAAAACUCAUACUGGAGAGAAACCUUAUGAAUGUAAUCAAUGUGGAAAGACUUUCCGACAGCACUAUAAUCUUUUGGAACAUGAGAGAAUCCACUCUGGAGAGAAACCUUAUGAAUGUAAUCAAUGUGGAAAGACUUUCAGAUGCAGCUCCAUUCUUGCUAUACAUAGGAGAGUCCACACUGGAGAAAAACGUUAUGAGUGUAACCAGUGUGGAAAGGCUUUCAGAAGGAGCUCUGGUCUUGCUAUACAUCAGAGAAUCCACACUGGAGAAAAGCCUUAUGAAUGUAAUCAAUGUGGAAAGCCUUUCAGAUGCAGUUCUAGUCUUGCUGAUCAUCAAAUAAUCCACACUGGAGAGAAACCUUAUGACUGUAAUCAAUGUGGAAAGACUUUCAGAGGCAGAUCUGGCCUUGCUAAACAUCAGAGAAUUCACACUGGAGAAAAACCCUAAGAAUAUGUUCAAUGUGGAAAAACUUUCCUUAUGAAUAUAAUCAUUGUGGAAAGAUUUUCAGAUGCAGCUCCAGUCUUGUCGACCAUGAGAGAAUCGACGCCAGAGAAACAUUAUGACUAUAAUCUAUCUGAAAAGACUUUUAAACACAGCUCCAGUCUUUUUCUGCAUCAGAGAAUGCACACUGGAGAGAAGCUGCAUAAAUGUCAUGAAUGUGGCAAAGUUUUGGGGGACUAUUCAUGUCUUGUUGAACAUCAGAGAAUCCACACUGGAGAGAAACCUUAUGAAUAUAAUCUAUGUGGUAAAACCUUCUAGCAACAGUUUUCCUUUUUUUCCCCAUCAAAGAAUUCAUACUAGAUAGAAAUCUUAUCACUCUAAUGAACAAGAAAGACAUUCAAAUGGAGUAUAGAGCUUGUUAGACAUCAGAAAAUUCAUUCUGGGCACAAGGUAAACAUGAACUCAAUGUGGGAAGACCUUCAAUUGGAGAUCAUCUCUUUACAUUGGAGAAUUUAUAGUGGAGAGAAAUCUUAUGAAUGUGCUCAGUGUGGACAUGCCUUUUGCUGCAAGAGGGAGGUCCCUAGACAUCAGAAUAUUCACACUAGGAAGAAGUGUUAUAAAAGCAAUGAUUGUGGGAAAUCCUUUACAUGGAGCCCCUACUUGGCUGUACUUUGGAAAAAUUAUGCUGGAGGUAAAACACGGAUCUAAUUAACAAGAGAAGACUUCUUGCUUCAGCACACACAUAAUUAGACAGCCCAAAUUUCAUACAGUUCAUUGAGCCCUAUAAAUGUAAUGCAUUUUUCUCUGAUUUCUCAAUAAUAGUCCAUAGCAUUCACAUACCAUAACUAUCAGGCAUUCCCCAAUUGAUUAAUUAAUAUUUGUUUCUUUGUUGAAACAAAAAAAUUCUGGUGUAAAUAUUUUGUUAACCAUUGGACGUUUAUUCUUAUAAUGAUUUCUUUAGGAUAGGCACAGUGUAUAGAGCUGCUUCUGGAGCCACAAGAUCUGAGUUCAAAUCUAGUCUCUGGCACUACCUGUGUGACUCUGGGCAAAUCAUUUAACCUAUUACUGCCCAUCAGUUUUCCCCAUCAGGAGAAUGUGUAUACUAAUAACAUCUACCUCGAAGGGUUAAUGUGAGGACCAAAUGAGAUAAUACCUGAAAAGUGCUUUGUAAGCAUUAAAUCACUAUUGAAAUGCUA